AUGACCUUGCAGCCUAAAGCAACUAAAGGACGUUCCAAGCCUGCCGCUGCUCCCUUCGGUGCAAAAAAGCCAGCGACAUCAACCAAAAACCCUCUGUUCGUCAAGCGCCCCAAAAGUUUCGGUAUUGGUGGGGAUCUUCCUCCCAAAACCGACUUGACUCGAUCGGUGAAAUGGCCCGCAUACGUCCGAUUGCAGAGACAGAAAGUCAUCUUGAACCAGCGUCUCAAGGUCCCUCCCGCCAUUGCCCAGUUCUCCCACACCCUUGACAAAAACACCGCCACGCAGCUCUUCCAACUUCUCAACAAGUACAAGCCCGAGUCGAAACAAGAGAAGAAGGCACGUCUUAUUGCUGAGGCCGAGGCUCGCUCCAAAGAGGGAGACAAGGCGACCAAGAAGGACAGCAAAAAGCCCCUCUUCGCCAAAUACGGUCUCAACCACAUCGUUGCUCUUGUCGAAGCCAAGAAGACCAAGCUGGUGGCUAUCGCUGACGAUGUUGACCCUAUCGAGUUGGUUGUCUUCCUGCCUGCUCUCUGCAGGAAGAUGGGAGUUCCUUACUGCAUUGUGAAGGGUAAAGCUCGUCUCGGUGUCAUCACUGGCAAGAAGACUUCAGCCGUCGUCGCCAUCGAAGAAGUCCGAUCAGAGGAUCAACAAGCCCUCGCUAACCUCGUCUCUGCAUGUAAAGCAAAUUAUUUGGACAAAGCAGAGGAGAUCAGACGUCACUGGGGUGGAGGUAUCCGUGGUAAAAAAUCUAUCGCCAAGAUGCGCAAGCAGGCCAAGGCUGCUGGUCAGGAUGCUAAACAGAUUGACAUCAGUUUGUAG